UCCACAGGGGUUAAAUGAGGGUUACCGGCAUCUUUACACGCAGUUUAAACUGUAAGCCCCAUGCAACUGCAUCCAGGAAUUUUCGGCACGCGGCACUCGGUGUUUCAGGACUUUAAAACAGGAGCCCCCGACCUCAUUUUUCAGAUGUGGCUUCUGCCCUCCACCCGCAGACCGAAUCCCAGCUGGGUCCCUGGCCCCGAGCGCGUGCAUGGCCCCGUCCGUUUCCGGGCAGGGGGUGGGGAACGACGUACGGGGUCGGAGUGCAGCCAAGGGCCACGAUUCCUGUGUUCCGGGAGAUCGCCGCCUUACCAGCUUAUACACGUUCCUUUCACAUUUCAGUUCUUGAGCGUUUGCCAUGAGAAAGGCCCCUGCGUCAAGAUUCCCCAGGCUUCACUGCUACUAUUCCCCUUUUGGAGGAAAGCAGGACAGAGUUUCAUCAGUGCCCGAACAAUGCAGGCCCAUCUGCCAGGCUUUCAGCUGGCCUUCACCCCAUUAAAAGCUGGGAGAUUAUCAAGUCCUGCCUCUCUCUUCGAUGACUAUCAAAUCAUGCUGGCACAUUAACACUACAACAGAUGUGCCCUGGACGUUGGUUAUCAGUGACAAAUACGUUUUCUGUUUCAGAUAUUCCAAUUUAAUAAAAAGGUGAUCAUAAUAAUGUUCCUGGUUUCUGGGAAAUUCUGCUGUAUGAUACUGAAGCUGUGGUGACUCCGGUAUCACUAAUGAUGCCAAAGUCUCUGUAGCUUCCUCCUACUUCUGCAUUGUUCCUCACUGUUCUCACAGCAAACUCCUUAUCAGGCACUGAAGAUUCUCAGGAUCUGACCCCUGUCCUUGUAACUUCUCCAGCUUCCUAAAGGAGUCCAGGUUUGCUAAGCACACUGUAAGUUCUCUUAUUUCUGGCCUGUGCACUGUUCUGUCUCAAAUGCUAGAAUGUUUUUCCUUGCUCUGCGUUGCCUGACCAGCUCUUUCUCCAGAGCCCCGUUGAGGUGUGACUCCUUCCUGGGGGUUCUUCCCUGACAUUACAGGCCAGGGCAAGUGUCCCUCUCAGGCUUUCAUGACUCCUUUCAUGGCCGUUUUGGUGUCUGC